AAAAAUGAAGAGAUUAAUGAUGAUGUUGCUGGGGUUGGUUUGUGUCUUCAUAACGUUUGUGAACGCUGAAAACAAGACUAAGUCAGUAGAUCCCUUGAUGGUUCUAGAUAAGCUGCUCAGAGGUUAUGACAGGAGAUCAACACCUACCAGCACACAAGGUGUUGCAACCAAUGUUUACUGUGAGUUCUAUGUGGCAAGUAUGGGCUCAAUAAACACAGAUAAUAUGGACUACACAACGGAUCUUUACUUGAAGCAAAAAUGGCAGGACUCGAGACUCUCCUCAGAUAGUUUACAGGAACCCCUGGAUUUAGCGGAUCCUAAUCUCGUGAAAGCAAUCUGGAAACCGGAAAUAUUUUUCCCCAAUGCUAAGGAAGGAGAUUUCCAAUUUGUCACAAUGCCAAACCUCUUAAUAAGAAUUCAUCCAGAUGGACAAAUUCUCUACAUUCUCAGAUUAAGAUUAAAAUUCUCCUGUAUGAUGGAACUGAGUAGAUACCCUCUGGAUGAACAAACUUGUGGAAUGAUGAUUUCUUCGUUUUCCAAAACCACUCGAGAAAUGGUUCUACACUGGUCUAAGGUUGAGGAAUCUGUAACUGUUGCUAAGGACUUGAAGAUGCCACAGUUUACCCUAGAGAAGGUUACAGCUAAACAGUGUGAUGAUUAUAAUCAUAUGGGAAACUACAGCUGCUUGGUGGCAAAAUUCCACAUGAAGAGAUCGAUCAGUUUUCACCUUAUUCAGAACUAUCUGCCAUCAAUGCUAAUGGUUGGGAUAUCCUGGGUUAGUUUCUGGAUGGAUAUAGAAUCUGUUCCCGGAAGGGUAUCCCUCGGUGUAAUAACUCUGCUUUCCAUAUCCAACCAAGCUUCAGGAACAAAUGUGCCUCAGACUUCUUAUGUGAAGGCCAUUGAUAUCUGGAUGGGUACAUGUACUGCAUUUGUAUUUGCUGCACUGGUAGAAUUUACAUUUGUCAACUACACGUGGAGGACGAAGGGAAAAGUGAAUCACCGUUACCCAACCGUAACCAGUCCGUGUCCUGUCCAAACCUCCAAGAAAACUGAAAAUGGAGACAAAUGCGUCAUGAUAGAAUUGGAGGACCCUAGGCAUGAGGAUCCGGUUGCCACUGCUCUUGCAUCUGCAAAUUGUUGGAGAAAGUUUGCAACAGGGAUAGAUGAGGUGUCACGCAUGAUUUUCCCUCUUGGGUUCACAGUCUUCAAUAUAAUAUACUGGCUCUACUAUCUUAUUAUAGUUCAGGAAGAGUUUCAGCUAGAUGCUUCAGGAGAAUCCGAAUCUAACUCUACAGUUCAAUCUCUCAAUCAAGGAUCAUAUAACUCUUCGUAUUUAGAUGAGUUGCUUCCCUUGAGCCCAUAAAUUCACAAUCAAUCAAUUCAACCAUCUUUAUCAGUAUAUAUAUAAAACCAGUUUAAAAAUUAUUUUUAUUUCACUAAAGC